AUGGUGAACCGUAAAGCAACCGCCGCCUCUGCCAAGACUGAUUCGAAACGCAAGAAGCCCCGAAGAAACACUACCCAGUCCUUCAGUUGGAGUGAGCGAGACUGGACGGUGAAGCAGCUGCUCACACCAGUUGUAUCGGUGAUGGUCAACAAAGAAGACAACAAACUCUUCGUCGUGAAGAAGAUCAUCAGGAUGCCAUCCCAUGUAGAGGAAAGACGCUCGUUCGAAGCGCGCGCGCUCGCAUUGUUGCCCGACUGCAAUCGUAUAGCCAGGCCUCUGGUGGAUCUGGCCAUGGGGCCAGACGAGGAUCACGCUACCAUAAUUUUCGAACACUACCCUUUGGGUGACCUCAAGCAAUGGAAGUUGCACAAUUUUGACGAGCGGAACAACAAACCGGUAACGGAGAGCUUUAUCUGGAGGUGCUUCAUCCAAAUGAGUCAGGCGCUAGCGUUCAUCCACAAUUCCAUCGGCCCGGAUCCGGACGAGAAACGGUAUUGUUUGCUCCAUAGGGACAUCAAGCCUGAGAAUAUACUGGUGGUAAACAACGGGACGACGUACCCUUCCUUUCUGCUACACGACUUCGGCUGCGCUCGAAUCUAUAUUGAAUCGCGAGCUGAUGAGCCAUCGUAUUGCGGAACGUACAAAUGGCAGCCUCCUGAGAAUCCUAGGAUCAAUACGGCAGAAGCCGAUAUAUGGGCGCUUGGUGCCUGUAUACACUUUCUCGCUGUGGGUCGAGCGCCAGUCGAGGAUGUGGGGAUAUUCGCCAAGGAUUUCAGAGAACUUCUCGGAAGAGAGGAUUUCAAGGAGCCCUCCUCUUUGAUGGAUUACAAGUCCACGGAUAGAUAUUGCGGUGCUCGCGUCCCUCGCCAAGUAAUACCUGUCAACCUGUCCCAAAAAGAGCAGCUGGAGCGAGGGCUUGGUCCGGAAUACUACCAGUAUAGUGACGAUCUGCAUGAAUGGAUGUCACAGUGUCUGCGGUUUGAGCCAGAGGAACGGCCGUCAGCAAUAGACCUGCUCGAGGAGAUGGUUGAUGUCGGAAAAGAGAUGUUACAUAGCAUGGGAGGACAGGCGGCUCUGGGUGACCUGGAGAUAACCUUUGGCAUCAAAGCCUGA